AUGGCUUCUUCUCCGCCGCCCAUCUCCGCCGCCAAUAGCACUCACCCAUCGCCAAUCGAUCUUAAACAAGAAGAACAACAACUUUACGAGCUCCACGCUUCAUCCUCCACGGCCGCCCUUCUAACCCCCACCGACGAUCCACCUCCGCCGAAACUCCCCACCUCCGCCGCCGCCUUCAUCCUUCUCGUCAUCGCCACCACCGCCUCCAUCGCCGCCGCCGUCUCCUUCGCCUUCCUGUUCUUCGCCUCCUCACCCUCCCCCUCCGCCGAGAUCUCGAGAUCCCUAUCCAGGCUCCAAAACCCCGUCGUUCUGCUCAUCUCCUCCGACGGGUUCCGGUUCGGGUACCAGUUCAAGGCGGACACUCCGAACAUCCACCGCCUCAUCCACAACGGGACCGAGGCCGAGCUAGGACUGAUCCCAGUCUUCCCCACCCUGACUUUCCCCAACCACUACUCCAUCGUCACCGGACUCUACCCGGCCUACCACGGCAUCAUCAACAACUACUUCACGGAUCCUUACACCGGCGACAAGUUCACGAUGGCCAGCCACGAGCCCAAGUGGUGGCUGGGCGAACCUCUCUGGGAGACCGUAGCAAACCACGGCUUGAAGGCCUCCACCUAUUUCUGGCCCGGAUCUGAGGUGAAGAAAGGCUCGUGGAACUGCCCUAAAUACUACUGUAAGUUCUAUAACGAAUCUGUGCCUUUCGAGGAGAGGGUCGAUACCGUUUUGAGCUAUUUCGAUUUGCCCAGUAGCGAAAUUCCUUCGUUUAUGACAUUGUACUUCGAAGACCCGGAUCAUCAGGGCCACAAGGUGGGGCCCGAUGAUCGUCAAAUUACGGAUGCCGUUAUUGAGAUCGAUAGGUUGAUUGGGAAAUUGAUUCGUGGUCUGGAGGAUAGAGGCAUUUUUGAAGAUGUGAACAUUGUUAUGGUUGGGGAUCAUGGGAUGGUGGGCACCUGCGAUCAGAAGUUGAUAUUUUUGGACGAUUUGGUGAAAUGGGUCGAGAUUCCGAAAGAGUGGGUCCAGUCUUACAGUCCGCUGCUCGCCAUCUGGCCUCCGGCCAGUCACUCUCCCGGAGAUAUUGUGGAUAAGAUGAAUGAAGGGCUGAAAUCGGGUAGCGUGAAAAACGGCGAGUAUUUGAAGGUUUAUCUCAAGGAGGAUUUGCCCGAUCGACUACAUUAUUCGGCUAGUGAUCGUAUCCCGCCAAUCAUAGGGCUUAUAGACGAAGGGUUUAAGGUGGAGCAAAAGAGGUUGAGAAGGCAAGAGUGUGGAGGGGCACAUGGAUAUGAUAAUGCGUUUUUUUCCAUGAGGACUAUUUUCAUUGGGCAUGGGCCACGAUUCGCUAGGGGUAGGAAAGUGCCGUCUUUCGAGAAUGUUGAGAUAUACAACAUGGUGACUCAGAUCCUCAACAUUGAAGGGGUUCCGAAUAAUGGGUCAGUUUUUUUCGCGAAGAAUGUUCUUUUGGAUAGCAGCUAA